AUGGAGGCGUCUCCGUUCAGCUUCACACCGGAGAGGUACUGGACGGAGGAGAAAGAGAGGGCGCUCAUAGCGUUUUUCUCCAAGCACAGUUGUCUGUGGAACCACAAGUCAGAGAGCUACAAGAACCGACAGCUGCGAUGGAAAACUCUGGAGCACCUGAGGAUCCUUCUGUCAGCUCACCCCCCACCUGUUCGUUUCACAGUGGAAGACAUCAAGAACAAGUUCAAGAACCUUCGUACCACCUUUCAGCGUCAGUACAAGAUGGUUAAGGCAAGCAAGGUGUGCAGGUCGGAGGACGUGUUCGUGCCGCAGUGGAAGCACUACCAGCAGCUGAUGUUCCUGCAGGGCUGCUGGGACCAGGACGACGGCCCCGAUGACCUGCCUGUCUCGCCGCAGACUGUUUCACAGGAGGAGAGCCAGCCUGUCCUCACCUCGCCGGGACUGAUCAUCUCCUUCCUCCCCACCCCGUCCACCUCCUCCCCGUCUUCUUCGUCCUCCUGUGUCCCUGCCAACAUGAUGGUUAAAUGUUACUGGACUGAAGAGAGGGAGCGCUCAUUAAUAGCUUUCUAUUCUGAGCAUAACUGUCUCUGGAACAAGAGGUCUGAAAACCACAACAACCGUCAGUUGAGACUGAAGCUGUUGGAGACUCUCAGGAGCCAGCUGUCUGACCACUCAGUGUCCUUCUCAGUUGAAGACAUAAAGUGCAAGUUCAAGAAUCUCAGGACGGUUUUCAACCGUGAAUACAAGGCGGUCCAGACUAGCAGGGCGUCUGACAAACUCUACGCGUCCAAAUGGAAACACUACCAGCAGCUGCUCUUCCUCUGCGAGUCCUGCGAUGAAGACGACAGCCCAGAGGACCUGCAGGUGCUGAUGCCACAGGAAGACAAGAAUUUGGAACAUGGAAACCAGACACCCUCCUCCACCCUGAGCAGCCUCUCCUCCAGCUCCACCCAAACCAACAGCAUCGUGUUUAACAACCCAUCCGCUGCCUCCAUCUCUCCAGAUCAUCUUAAACUAGCGGGCCAGACAACUGCUCCCACACUCCCCGCCUCUCCAUCCAUGUCACGACCGGACACCAAAAAUUGCACAAACCCCUCCCCUCUAAAUUUCUCUACGUCCGCUUCAGUUCCUCCAGACAGCAGACUGAGUGCAGACUCCCGCUGCCACUGGAACGAGGCCAAAGUUCAGCAGCUCAUCUCGUUUUACUCUGAGCACAGCUGUCUGUGGAACCACAGAUCAGAGAGCUACAGGAACAGGCUGUUGAGACAGAGUCUGUUGGAGACGCUGAGCAGCCUCCUGUCUGACAAUGAGCCGGUCUCAUUCACAGUGGAAGACAUAAAGACAAAGUUCAGGAACUUGAGGACCAUCUUCCAGCGUGAACACAAGGCAGUGAGCUCAAACAAAACAUGUGGCUCAGAGGACUUUUACCUUCCAAAGUGGAAACAUUACCGCGAGCUGAUGUUCCUCUGCGACUCCUGCGACGAGGACGAGCGACCUGAAGACCUGCACUUCCAGGAACCGCAGGAGUCCGGCCUCCUGCGCCUGGAUUGCCAAGCCCCUCCCUCCUCCGUACAUUACCACGGCCCCACCCAAACUGCCCCCAAGCUGAACAUCACAUCACAGAGCCUCGAAGCACCUCCCUCGCCUACUCCCCCAGACUCCCAGCACUCCUCCCCCUCCUCCUCCGCCUCCACAUCCUCCUCUCACACUGACAGCAGAGUGUCAGGACGCAAGCGAGCGAGCCGGCGCCUGCCGCCCGCCACCAGCGAGAUGCUGGACUUCAUGAGGACGUUCUGUCAAAGCCAGAUGGUGUCACCGCACGCAGGGUUCCUGAAGUACGUGGAGGAGUGUCUGAACGAGACACCCCCAGACAAAGUGAAGAAACUGAAGAAGAAGAUAAUUGAGACGAUCCACAGCGUAUCAGAGGAGGUUUAGUGUUUCAUAGUUUGUGUGCUGUAGGUCAAAUCAGUCUCACUGUUUUUUAUUUCUCUUAUUCCCUUUGCUUCCUAACAGCUAUGAUAGCAUCACUCACCAGCUGUCAUCUCAUUCCAAAUUGGACAUCAUCAGAAACCUGUAUGCAGUUCUAACAGGGUCUCAGUCUCUCAAACCUCUCAAUCCCCCCCGUGAGGAGAAUGUUAUCUUAAAGCCCUCCACACAGAGACGCCUUUGCUGUCGUGCCGCCACACUCGGUCAGUUCAGCCAUUCUCAGCUCUGACCUCGCAGGUCGGUGAAGUUUCAUCGUGACUGAUGAGGUGACAGCUGUCCGGAGAUGUAACCUGACAGUGACCCAUCGUGUAUAAAAAGCUAAUUCUUUUUGAGUUCGAAGAACUGUAAAAUGGCACCUUAAGAUUAUAACACAGCCGAUGCAGUGAAGACUACAGCAUGGCUCUAAUAUCAGCAGUCAGACAGGGCUACCAGGUUUGGAAUAGGCAGAUCAUAAAGAAUGGCACUUACCACUGUCAAAUGACACCUUAAAGUUAGAAUACGUCCUGUGUUUUGAAGCUUUUUUGUUAAUAUUUGUUGAAAUUCUGUUUACAUUCCGACAGCAGUCUAUAAUCUGGACCACUGGCCAAAUACAUCAGCUAUUGGUGAUCCGCUAAGA